ACCAGGCGACUGCUAUCAACAUAUUGUGUCAUUAUAAUAAAAAAUUUAUUGGGUAGUACAGUUUGACUUCAAUGUUUUCUACCCCAAAAACUCAAUGUUUAAAAAUUUGAAAAUAGAUUUCCCGCACAAAAAUUAUCCUAACCUCACUAAAGUUUAUUGAGAAAUGUCUAAAGCGCAUCCAUUGGUUUACUGGCGCAUCAUUGAUUCAAUGUAAUCAAGUAAUAACAGCAACAUUUCCAAAUCAUUAUUUUUUCUGGAUUUCAAGUUUGUUCAGUCUCCAAACAAAAUGGAAUUUCUUGAAAAUGCAUCUAAGAGUGAAGACCAAAUCCAACGGGAAAAAAAUAUCCAAGAAAGAGAUGCAUUUCUUGCAAGUUUCCUGGAUGAUCCUGAGUUUGCCGAAGCUGCGGAGGCCAUAGGUUUAUUCCAAUCCGCAGUGAAAAAAAAAUCUGUUAGAAGAAAACCCAAGGAUGUAAAACCCAAAUUUCACGAUAAAGAGCACAUUGAAAGACGCUGGUCACUACGACUUCAGAUGAAAGAACCCAUUUUCACUAAAGACGAGUUAUUUGAUGCACCCACUUUCCAAAAAAGGAGAUACAGUGAUUAUGAUUACGAAGACCUUGAGGAAGUUGUGUAUAGACCUACUAAAAAAACUAGUGCUCACAAGAAACAUUCUGAUAGACCUCCUAUUAUAUCAGUAUCCGAAGUUACAGAAGAAAUGAUAAAUAGAAUUGCUAAGGACCUAUCGGUGAAGAAGUACUCAAAUAUGGGAACGACCUGUCAUCAGUGCCGUCAGAAAACCCUAGAUCAGAAGACCAGCUGCCGGAAUGCUGAGUGUAUUGGCGUGAGAGGGCAAUUUUGCGGUAUAUGCUUGGAAAACAGAUAUGGUGAAGAUGCUAUCGAGGCUUUGAAGAAUCCCAAUUGGACGUGCCCCGUAUGUAGAGGGAUAUGUAAUUGUUCAUUGUGUAGAAGAAAAGAAGGAAAGAGGCCAACGGGUAUACUGACUCCGUUGGCCCAUCACGCAGGUUAUAAUUCAGUGAAAGCAUUCUUGGACAGUUUGAAAGGAAAAGGUGAUUAUAUUAACGAACAUGAGGAUCCAAACAAUUUACUUGGAAUUUCAAUGGGACUGAAAUAUUACCAGAUGGGAGGCGGUAUAAAACUUUCAUUUGAUUAUCAAGACGAUCACAAUUUUUAUGGUUGA